UUAACAACAAUCACGUGACGUCGAUACCGGAAAUGGGGAGGUAAACAUACAAGUUUCCGCAUAAGCGCCGUUACGUUGUUUUUUGGGGGGGUUUGUUGGGGUUUUUUAGCCUUUGCGUUUUUGGUUUAGACAAUUUAAACCAAGUGAGUUGAUUAAAUGAACGGUCCUCGCGUUUUUUUACAACGUUCUUAGACCGCUGCUCAUAGUCCAAAAAAAAACAACGUUAGCAUUAGCAGCAUGUCUGAAGAUUGGGGUCUGCCUUUGGUUCGCUCCUUAAACACUCGCAUUCCCACGAGUGUUGUCUUUUGCAACCGCAGUCCCCGAGUGGUGCGGCCACUGUGGAUUGAUUUCCGCGGGGAGCCACGGCCCUACAACGACUUACAGCCGAGGACUGGGCGAAAAGUCACAACAUUCGUGGGCCACCCGUGGAUGUUCACCGAUGCAGAAAGUGAUGAUCUGCUGAGGGUGAACGGCAAGGAGCUCUUCCUUCCUGCCCUGGCUGGCGCUGAGAAUGCCGCAUUUGUAAAUAUCACUUUGCCAGUUUACAGCCUGAAGGACCGUGCCCUCCAGGAGAUCCGACGCCUGGUAGAACCGGAGGACUACAGAAGUUUGGAGAUAGCACGCAGUCUCAUUGAGGAGCUGGAGGAUCCGCCCAGUUUGUCCAAGAGUCUACAUCGCUUGAAUCGGCGAGCAGAGCAACAUCUCCUCCAGAGAGUGGAAGGACAGUCGGAGUGACUCCCAAAAGCCCCGACCAACGACGACUGAACUCUUCUUUUGUAUUCAUAUUUGUUUGUUUAUCAGGUGGUUUCUGUCAGCGUCAUCCAAGUGUCUUCUGUGAAGCUGUAUUUGAUAUUUUUAUUGUACCGGCCCUUUAAAUGGACCACGUCCAUCAGCAGGCUUUAAUACAGGAUGUAUGCUACACCCUGGAUGUAUGUAUGGUGGAUGUAUGUACAUCCUGACAGUGUCGUGCUGUCUCAAAUCCAUCAUGACUGUUACACACCUCUUCUCUCCUUUUUUGCAACCACUCUGGUUAGUCCUUCCCUUCCCGCCAUGGAGCCAAGAUGGCGACGUUAUAAAGCUUUUAUUGCAAGUUGUUAAUAAAGUUAACAAAAUAGCUUUUCUAAUAUAGCCGGACACGUGUGAGUGAUAUUCAUAAUAAAUAGCACAUUU